AUGAACCGGAUCGCGGCAGACGACGCGACGGAGGCGGGGGAGAUCUCAGACGGGGCCGAUGGAGACCUUCCUCUCGCCGUCGUUGUCUGCGGCGGCGGCGCGCCCACCUGCAGCCCGGGGGCCGAUCGGGACGCGAUGGAUCCGCUACUGCGAGAGCUGGUCGGGCAGGUGAAGCGGUACCAGAGACUGGGGCAGGCGACCUCUUCGACAAGGUACCUGCACCAGCAGAGCUACCACCAGCGCGACAGAGAUCACGGGGAGAAGCACGGUGCCAGACAGAAGGAUGUGGUGCAAACCAUCGUGGUGCUUGCGGCUUGCCAGACGGAGCAGGAGGUUUCCUUGGCGCUUGCCAGGAACAGGCCCUUCGAGAGGUACCUCUAA